AAUGCAAGAUGGCGAACGUGGAGAGUGAUGGAAGGGCUCUCUCUGAAAAGAGGACACAAGCGUUUGUCUCACUGAGUGUGGCAGUUAUCUUCAUCUGUAUUGGACUUCCACUCUGGUGGAAUACUACAAAAGUAUACCGAGCAUCGCUUCCGUAUGAUGAAAUUGAACAGCUUAACCAACUUAAGGUGAGGUAUGUAGUAAACCUCAAAGUAGUUCUUUUUGGUCAACAAGAUCCAGUUGCUUUGAAAGAAGAGAUCGAGAAGAAGCUCAAUACAGAGAAAGGUGAUACUUUGAUAUCAGCUGAAUACAGGCUGACAGUUGCAAGGAAAGAAAUGACAGAUUCUUCAAUGUUAACAGAAUUAAAAACCAGAUCCAUGCAAGAUUUGGAUGACUAUUUUCAAUUACAAAACAGCUUGGUAAAUGCAGAAAGUCAGCAUUAUUCCUUUUUUGUUCUACCCCAUGAACCUCCAGAGUUGAACACUAUUAAAGGAUAUGUUGGCAAACAUUUUCACAGUAUAUUAUUCAAUGAUAAAGAUUCAGCAAAGCUUGCUUCAGUUAUUAUGGACAUUGUUGGAAAUAUUUUUGUUAACGAACAAGAAGCAAACAGGCCAUUUAACUUGGCUUCGAAAAGGCAAUUUGUUAAGGACUCUGUGGAAAGUAUGCGUGCACAGAAGUCAACAACAGGUUUGCAGGUGUCCUUCACACUUUUGAACUCUGAUCCAGACUCAGUGCUGGCUGAAUGGGAUAUAGAGGCUGCUGUUCAAAAAUAUUUGGAUCCCUUCCUGUUAAAUUUUCCUCAUCUGGAUAUAACUGUAGACUCCCAGGUUCUUCAUUAUAGCAGCCUUCAAAUUAAUCCCAAGAAGGAUGGCAAAAUCUUCUCUCUUCACUAUGAUGACCUACCUCAUAUGAUAAAUCCCAUUGAAGGCAAACUUGGUUCUCACAUCUCUUUGUAUCCAAGUUUGAACUUUGUUGUGUAUGUCCCAUCUAUGAAGCAUUCACCCAUUUACAUGAAAAAUAAGGAUGGCGAGCUGAGCAGUAGCAAUGCAUUCUUGAGUCCACAGUGGGGUGGAAUCAUGAUUUACAAUCUACCACCGACCACAACAACGAAUAACACCAAACCGCAAAAGAUAACUGUGGAGAUGAAACCAAUCAUGAACGUCUUCCUAUCGCAACUUAAAUUGUUACUAGGAAUGAUGUCUGUGAAUCUUCCAAAUGGUAUCGAAGUGAGAAUCGCUGAUGAUGCUGGGGUCACAAAAUGGGAACAAGAGUCGCUGAUGAGACUUAAAACAAUGGAAUACUUGGCAACUUCUACAAUCACGUUGACGUCACUCGCACAGCUUCUUGGGAAAAUCAGCAACAUGGUGAUCAAUGAUCACAUUCAGCAACAAGUCGAGCAGGCCCUGGGCGCCAUUCGUCAGUCUACAACAGCUCUUCAAGAUGGAAACGUGACUGCGGCAGUCUUUGCAGCCAAAAGUGCCCUUAGGUCUUCAGAGGAGGCAUUUUUUGACCCAUCAAUACUGGAGCUGUUGUACUUUCCAGACGAUCAAAAGUACGCCAUUUACAUUCCCCUGUUUUUACCCAUCAGUCUGCCUGUUUUACUGUCUUUGAGGCAGGCAGUGAGAUGGUACAGAGGACACGACAAAGAUGGCGAGAAGGACAAAGACAAGGAUAAGCAAGAUUGAAACAAGCUCUGAACUACAAGAACAACAAAGAUUACAGGCUGGGAAGAGAGCACACGGAGUUCAGUCAAAUAAGUACAUGCGCAGUCUAACUUUAUGAGAAAGGAGCUACGGGAAACCAUUCCACAGUGACAUGAUUUUGACUCACAAAUAAUGCAGAGGUACGAAUUACCAGUGAAGACUACAAGAAAAUACGUGCAGCGUAGCAUACAUGCAUUUACGAAACACACGACUUAAAGUGCCACAAAUCAAAAUCCAUGCAAAAAUUCCCAGCCUACACUGCAGAUAACUCGCUCAUCCUUGAGGGACUAGGACAAAAUGGUAACGUGUCGACGACUAGAGAAGCGCAUUCCAAAAGAUUUUCAGUGCGGUAGCUCAUAUGUGAAGAGUACAUGUGCAAACCCAGCAGAAUGAAACAGAAAGCUUCGCGAAGUUCUGUUUUCUUUUCUUUUCUAUUCUUUUUUGAACAACGAAUUUCAACGUAGCAGUUUGCCAUUAUUUAACUAAGUAUCGAUUUAGGUAGCAAGGUAAAAUGAGAAUUUUAUCUUUAUAUUGCGAAAGAGUAUUUUGGUAGUCUUAGAUAUAAUUCCCCCCUAGCGCAUGUUACGCCUUAUAGUUCAAAAGAAAAACUCAGUUUGUGCUUCACUAUAUAUCGUUUCGUCAAGUAUGUUUUAUUUUAAACUUGUCCGCCAUAUAUAGUGGAAUAAAAAGUUGUGAAAGUA